CUAUUUGGGAAGGGGCCUCGAUCUUGUUGAAGUGCUAGGCUAUAUAGCAGUCAUCAAAGACAUGAACAAAUGGGCGUGCCUCCACUUUUAACAUGUGCUUUGACAGAUCUCACUUGGGGUUUUUAUUUUCUUUUUCUUUUCGUUUUCAACGUUGCAAUACCCUCGUCAGUCAUCGCCAGUAACCGCGGCAAAAUGGUGCAACCUAAAUCAGCGAGCAUUCAACAAUGGGCCGGCCCAGAAUCAACCCGAAAUGCCAAUAAGGAUAGAUCCAUUCCUACUGCAACAGGUAUACCGAGUGUUCAGAGACAGGCUGCCGCGAGCGAUGCCACCCUCCAGGAGCCAGUGAGUGGUGUCUCAUAUGGGUCAUCUGUCGAGCCCAGGAGCGGCAAGAGAGCGUUUACAUCUCUCGUCGAAGAUUACAAUUCGUAUGGACUCAAUGGAAAGCGCGCGCGGGUCACGAUGCAGAAAUUGGACCAAUAUAAGUGCGAUCGCAAUAACGACUAGAUAGCAGCGGAGUCCUAUCCCACCAACAGGACUGGUUGGCUGCGGCAGACGGAUAUUCGAUCAAGAGGGAAGUGUUGAACGCGUCCAAGGAAGAUGCUGAUGUCAGCUAUCUGUUCAGCCGUUCAGCUUAUCACACAUCGAAAAGUCCAGUCACCUCGA